AUGUCAAGCGUUUUCUUCUAUGAGCCUUACUACGACAUCGACCGCUUUUUCGAGGAAGCAUUCUCUGGGCCCUUUUUGCGGCAGAGACAGAGCUCCAACAAUGGUGGCCAGAAGAACGUUGACGGCGCCGUGAGGUCGCUCAAGCCAAAAAUGGACCUCCAUGAGGACAACGAGAAGAACCUCGUCACCGCUUCAUUCGAAUUUCCUGGAGUAACAAAGGAUGACAUUCAAAUCGAAAUGCAUAACGGCAAGCUCACGGUCUCGGCUGAAACGAAGCAGUCCACUGAGCACGAUGAGAACGGUUAUGCUGUCCGAGAGCGACGAUUUGGAAAAUACUCCAGGACGUUACAACUGCCCCAGGGUGUAAAGGAUGAACAGGUUACUGCUGCAAUGAACAAUGGGAUCCUCACCAUCACCUUCCCCAAGUCAACACCAGACCUAGCGCCCAAAAAAAUCACCAUAUCAUAG